AUGGAUCCCCCGGGAGGAACGGUUCUCUAAAUUAAAAGACUUGCGAUUUCAGCAGACCCUCCGCUGGCCCCAGGGCCCCUCACUCACCUGGGCAGGCUAGAGAGCUCCGAGAAUCAGAGACAAGACGAAACGGACUUUGCGAGCCCCUUGUCCUGCUGGAACAGGUCACCCCCAGAGACAUCAGCCGUCCUUCGAGACCAGGUGAGAAGAUGUCUACAGAUGCAGUCAGAACAGACGGUGAGGAUUCUACAUGCCAAAGUGGCCCAGAAGUCCUAUGGGAGUGAGAAGAGGUUCUUCUGUCCGCCGCCCUGCAUAUAUCUCACGGGCCCAGGCUGGAGGCUGAAACCGGAACAGGGGCAAGCGAACGAGACGGGGGAGUCUGGAUGCAUGGUCGCCGGUUACAUGGGGUUGGACGGCGGUUCCGCAGAGGCGCAAAAGCUGAGCUUUGAGGAGCAGCCAGACUCUAGAGAAUUCGCCUGCGCCAAAGCUCUAUUUAUCUCGGACUCGGACAAGAGAAAGCACUUCCGGUUGGUGUUAAGGCUGGUGUUGCAAGGAGGCCAAGAGCUAGGUACCUUCCACAGUCGCCUCAUCAAGGUCAUCUCCAAGCCGUCUCAGAAGAAGCAGUCCCUGAAGAACACGGACCUAUGCAUCUCCUCUGGAUCCAAGGUGUCUCUCUUCAAUCGUCUUCGAUCUCAGACUGUCUCCACCCGGUACCUAUCUGUGGAAGGUGGUACAUUCAUCGCCAGUGCCAGGCAGUGGGCAGCCUUCACCCUGCAUCUGGCUGAUAAUCACCGUCCCCGGGGAGAAUUCCCUCUCCAAGAAGGCUAUGUUCGCUAUGGUUCUCUAGUACAGCUGGUCUGCACGGUCACAGGCAUCACCCUGCCCCCCAUGAUCAUCCGCAAAGUGGCCAAACAGUGUGCACUCCUGGAUGUAGAUGAACCAAUCUCCCAGUUGCACAAAUGUGCUUUCCAGUUCCCAGGUGGGGGAUCAGGGGGUGGUACCUACUUGUGCCUUGCCAUGGAAAAGAUUGUGCAAUUCCAGGCUUCACCCUGUCCCAAGGAAGCAAACCGGGCACUGCUGAAUGACAGCUCAUGUUGGACCAUCAUUGGCACUGAGUCAGUGGAGUUCUCCUUCAGCACCAACCUUUCCUGCCCCCAGGAGCUUGUCACCCCGGUGCCCCUCAUCAGUACCUUAGAGCUUAGUGGUGGGGGUGACGUAGCAACCUUGGAGCUGCUGGGUGAGAAUUUCCAUGCAGGACUCAAGGUGUGGUUUGGUGACGUGGAGGCUGAGACCAUGUACAGGAGUCCCCGGUCCCUGGUAUGUGUGGUACCUGAUGUGGCGGCUUUUGGUAGUGCCUGGCGGUGGCUGCGCACCCCCAUUACGGUGCCGGUGAGCCUGGUCCGUGCAGACGGGCUGUUGUACUCCAGCGCCUUCUCCUUCACCUACACCCCAGAGCAGAGUGGCCGGCCAGCCCCCUUAGGAGCCCCUGAGCCACCUCCUGAUGCAGACGCCCUCUUGGAAAGCAUCCACCAUGAGUUUACUCGAACCAAUUUCCACCUCUUCAUCCAGAGCUAG